AUUUUUCCUUGGGGACUCUUGAAGAAAUCCUGGUGAAAUCAUGGACGCUGAUGAUGACUUGGAUCUGUUGGCUUCCCUCCUGGAAGAGAGUGAAGCAACUGAGGAGAGGAAUCCUCCUGGGGAGGAAGAUGCCCCCGAGGAUGAGGGGGGAGAGCCAGAUGAAUACGAUGAGCUGUUUGAUGCAGAAGAUGAUGCGUCCUACACCGAGGAGGUCAGUGCUGAGGACAGCACGAUUGAUGAGCAGAAGGAGAACCUGGCUGCGCUGUUUGGAGAUGUAGAUGACCUGCUGGAAGAGGAGGAGGCAGAGGAAGCUGUCCCCAGUUCAGCUCCCAGUCAGGCAAAGGAGAAAACCAAUGAAGAACUGCAAGCUGAGCUGAGAAAAUUGCAAGAACAGAUGAAGACAUUACAGGAGCAGUUGCAGAAGACUGCAAUUGGGCAGCAAUCCAGUUCAGGCCCUGAGAAGAAAACCCCUGGUAAAUCUCCUUGUCUACCCUUAAAGGAAAGGAAAGUUCAGAAGGUGCAAGAAUCACCAUGUUUCUCAGCCCAGCUGGGCAAUCCUUUGCCAACAGCCAAGCGAGGACUCCAGAAAUCAAAAGCAUCCUCAGCAGACAACAAGAAUCCUCCUCCACGGCAAGUCCUCAGCAUGGCAUUCCAGCCUCUCCAAUCUGCCACAGGGAACACACCCAGUAAGGUGGUCAGAGAGAAGACUUCUCAUGUGCCUGCAUGCUCCAGUGCAACAACUCAGCCAGUGUCUGUGGAAACCUUCUCAGGACUGAGAUUAAGAAAACCCCGGGUGUCCUCAGCUGAAAUGAACAGGAAGAUGGCCAACAGGAAACUCAUCCGACUGUCCCAGCUGAAGAGCAAACUUGCUGCAGAAAAUCUGGAGGAAAUAGACUGGGUAACAUUUGGAGUCAUAGUGAAGAAGGUCACUCCUCAGAGUGCAAAUAAUGGCAGAACCUUCAGUAUAUGGCGGCUGAACGACCUGCGGGAUCUCAACGAGUGCGUCUCGCUCUUCCUGUUCGGUGAAGUCCACAAGGAGCACUGGAAGACAGACCAGGGCACAGUCAUUGGGCUGCUCAAUGCCAACCCUAUGAAACCUAAAGAAGGCUCAGACGAGGUGUGUUUGUCUGUGGAUCAUCCCCAGAAGAUCCUGCUCAUGGGGGAAGCUCUCGACAUGGGCACCUGCAAAGCCAGGAAGAAGAACGGUGAUCCUUGUGCCCAGAUUGUGAACCUGAAUGACUGUGAAUAUUGUCAGUACCACAUACAAUCCCAGUACAAGAAGCUCAGCUCGAAGCGGGCGGAUCUGCAGUCCACCUUCUCUGGCGGCCGCAUUCCCAGAAGAGUCAGUCGGAAAAAUCCCACUUUGAAGGAGAAACUGUGUCAGGACGGGUUUUACUAUGGGGGAGUCUCUUCAGCAGCAUAUGCAGCCUCAGUUGCAGCAGCUGCGAUGCCGAAAAAGAAGAUUCAAACCACUCUCUCCAACCUGGUCGUGAGAGGAGCUGAUGCAAUUGUCCAGGAAACCAAGCAGAAAAUUGGUGCAGCAAAGAGACCCAUGCAAUGUUCUGAGGAGUUCAAGGAACUGCUGGCACAGCCCACUUUUGGAGCACGAAACCUCUGCAAACACUGGACCAAAGCAGAUGCUGAAAAGAAGCAAGGGGCCAAUUUCCAGUCGAUCUCUGCUUCAGCACUGCUCAAACAACAGAAACAGAAAUUGCUGGAGGCCAGAAAAAAGCGAUCUGAAGAGAUUCAGAGGCGGUUUCUCCAGAGCACAAGUAAAGCCAGCAGUGCUGCUGUCCCGUCCUCCUCCAGGCAGACCUCCCUCCAUUCCCCAGUGGCUGGGGCAGAGUUUCCCAAAGAUGCAAAAAUGUCCACUCCUCAAAGGCCCAGGCUGGGCACUGGCUUCUCGGAAGGAGAAGAUAUCCUCUUCUUUGACAGGUCUCCACCUCCUCCAAGACCAAAGCUGGACAGCUUGGCUGAAGCCAAAAAGCUGGCUGCAAUCCACCGACUGCGAGCAAAAGGACAGAUUCUGCCUAAAACAGACCCAAACAGUGUCAAGAGGAAACGGGCUGAUGCUGGUGAUGUCCUAGAAAUUGUUGAAAGAGUUGAGAAAAAUGUUGCUCAGCCACAAGGUGCAGAAGCAGAGAAUGAUGUGGAUGAGCUGGAACCUGCCCAAAAGAAACGGCGUGAGCAGCUGGCCUAUCUGGAGUCAGAAGAGUUCCAGAAAAUCCUGAGUGCCAAGUCCAAGUACACAGAUGUCCUGAAAGAGGCUGAGGCUGAUCUGCAGGAGCAAUACUUUCAGCCACUGGUGAAGAAGGAAGAACUGGAAGAGAAGAUGAGGAACAUCAAAGCAGUGAAAUGUCGAGUUGUGACGUGUAAAACGUGUAAUUACACCUAUUUCAAGCCUCUGGAGACGUGUGUGCAGGAAAAGCACGACUACCACUGGCAUGAUGCCAUCAAGCGAUUUUUCAAAUGUCCUUGUGGAAGCAGAGCUAUCUCCCUUGACAGGCUCCCAAAAAAGCACUGCAGUACCUGUGGCCUCUACAAGUGGGAGCGAGAUGGGAUGUUAAAGGAGAAAAAAGGUCCGAAGAUUGGUGGAGAAACACUUUUACCAAGAGGCGAGGAACAACCAAAAUUUCUCAAUAGCCUUAAGUGACCUGGAGUUGUUUUUUUUCCACAACCUGAGGACGGAUUUCUGUGCCUGAAACACACAUUUAUACUGCACUGCCAACAGGAUCCAGGUUUUAGGGAUGUAUGAGUGGGGGAAUCAGUUCUUGAUGAAAGGGACAUCUGCAAGGUGUCCACCAGGCCACUGCAUGGAUAUUGAGCUUUGGUCUUUUUUAAAUUGACUGAAUAAGGCUGCAUGUGAAAUGCAUAUCUGUGCCUGUUCUUUCAAACUAACCACACAAGAGUGACCUCACCAGACUUUCAAGUGACGAAUCAUCAUGAAUGGAGGGACAGUAGAUUCUUUAAGCACUUGUGAAAUUAAUACUGUGAUGUGAUGCAAUUAAUACUAAAUGCCAGCCUGUCAGGUUUUUCAGCUCUCGGCCUAAAAGAGGAUUGUAGGCACAGGCCUUUCUCCAUUGGCUUCAGAAUUACUCCCUUUGGACCCUUAGGAACAGAAACAGUUUCCAAGUUUUUCCUUGGCUUAGGUGUUACAAAACCCUUCCAUGGCUCUGGCAUUGCAAGACUCAGGAGCUCCCUGUCCCACAGUCCUUGUCAUGUUCCCUGCACCAUCCACACUACAGCACUUCUAGGGCUACAGACCUGCAGCUCCCACCUUGAAAAGCAUUUUAAUGAAUGUGGCACCACUUUGGGAGUGGUUUUAAACAGCUGAGUGAUUACAUUUAAAAGCUUUUACCCAUUUUCUAGCGUUUUAAAUGGGGGCAGUGGCUGUCGCAGACCAAGCAGGGCAAGAUCUCCCUCCAGGGGGUGGCUCCUGUCUCCAUACGGGUGUUUUUCUGAAAGCACAUCUCUCUAGGGGUGCCUGGGGCAUUUGACCAGCUUUUCCUGCACCUGAGCCUUCUGCUGCCCUUAGCCCAGGCCCAGCAGGAUCCCAGGACAUUUUUAACUGCCUGAAACCACUAGAACCUCAGUGAUUUGAUCAAAGUGCCACCAACGGUCCCAGUGGCCUUGUCAGUACCUCUUGUUUGAUUGCACAGGGGCUGUGAGAGAAAUAAUUUGCUUCAUUUGAAGAGAAAUAAGUUCAUUUGAAGCAACUGGACAGAUUCACCUCGGCAUUCUGCAGCCCUCAUCCCUUCCUGGUGCUUUUCCUGGGCAGCUUGGCCUACUGCCUCGGUUUCAGUCUUGUGUCGGUACCCUUUGAUGGGUGGGGUGUCACUGGUAGGUGACUAAAUGUGUAACUGUCCCCUGUGCAUUCCUCA